ACCCCCACCCCCGCAGAGGACCGACUGCCCAGACCGCCGGUCCCGGGGCUCCCUGGGCGUGGCCGAUCCCAGGGAGCCCCCCGACUGCCUCCCCGAGCUGGGUGGGGAAAGGGAUCUUAGCCCGCCGCCGCCUCCGAGCGGGCCGCCAGGACUCCGGAGGCCGGAGAUGGGCGCCCGGCCCUCGCGGCGACGGCUGCCCGCGGACCCGCCCCUAGCCUUGGACGCGCUGCCCCCGGAGCUGCUGGUGCAGGUGCUGAGCCACGUGCCGCCGCGCGCCCUGGUGACGCGCUGCCGCGCCGUGUGCCGUGCCUGGCGCGAUGUGGUGGACGGGCCCACCGUGUGGCUGCUGCAGCUGGCCCGCGACCGCAGCGCCGAGGGCCGCGCACUCUACGCAGUGGCCCAGCGCUGCCCGCCCAACAGCGAGGACGAGGAGUUCCCGCUCUGUGCCCUGGCGCGGUACUGCCUGCGCGCGCCCCUCCGCCGCAACCUCAUCUUCAACUCCUGCGGAGAGCAGGGCUUCAGAGGCUGGGAGGUAGAGCAUGGCGGGAACGGCUGGGCCGUGGAAAAGAACCUAACACUGGUGCCGGGGGCUCCUUCCCAGACCUGCUUCGUGACUUCUUUCCAAUGGUGCUUCAAGAGGCAGCUUGUAGACUUGGUGAUGGAAGGAGUGUGGCAGGAGCUGCUGGACAGUGCCCAGAUCGAGAUCUGUGUGGCCGACUGGUGGGGUGCCCGAGAGAACUGUGGCUGCAUCUACCGGCUCCGGGUCCGCCUCCUGGAUGUGUACGAAAACGAAGUGGUCAAGUUCUCGGCCUCACCCAACCCGGUCCUUCAGUGGACGGAGAGAGGCUGCCGACAGGUGUCUCAUGUCUUCACCAACUUUGGCAAGGGCAUCCGCUACGUGUCUUUUGAGCAGUAUGGGAGGGACACGCGUUCCUGGGUGGGCCACUAUGGCGCCCUCGUGACCCACUCCAGUGUGAGGGUCAGGAUCCGCCUGUCCUAGC